AAUUUUGCCACUCGGUACACUCUUCCUUUCACUGUACUUGCAGCUCCCAAAUUGACAAUGUGGCGAUUUCAAAGCUGCAAAUCGCUACUGUAUCUAUUCGUACUUAGCUUCGUUAUACCUGUAUGGUGUAGGCCAACUCUCGUAUUGAAUGAAGAUUCAAGAGGCAUUAUACCCAUUGCAUCGUUCGGCUUCUUGGCAGGCGGCCAGCUCAAACUGGAAUGGUCCGACCUCAAGCUGACCACUCCUUCGGCAUCCGGAAGCCUUGCGUUUUACGUUCGAAAGACCUUGUCGGAGGAUGCCACGUAUAUGGUGGAUGAUAAUAUGGCAGAAGCACUGGACCCUGAUGUUGAGACCCAAUGCUUUCUGGACGCAGAGUUUGUCAGUGAUGAAGUCGCUGAUGGUAUAACUAUAAUUGUCGAUAUCGAUGCCACGAAACCGGAAGGCUCCUAUGAACACACAAUCCAACCGGAUGAAGAAUUCCUGUGGACCGUUCACUUGAUAAACUGCAAGCCUUCUGCUUUAACUAUAACUUUGAAGACCACAGAAAUCAACCCUGGCCCGAACUACCUUAGUGCGGGAGACAGCCCAUUGCCGACCGUGUACGGAGUUUCGUCAAUUACGUUCUUUGUGGCGGCUGCAAUCUGGGGCUUCUUACUCUUCCGUAACAAAUCACAAAGAGUUUUCAAGUCACACUAUCUCAUGCUGGCGCUGAUGGCUUUUGUUGGCAUUGAUAAAGCAUGCGAAUCGGCCAAAUAUCAUUACAUGAAAAUUGGAGUUGUGGCUGAGGGUUGGACGAUAGGAUUCUAUAUCUUUGCUUUCAUCAAAGGUUCUCUUAGCAUUCUCAUCAUUGUUCUCAUCGCUUCCGGAUGGAUGUUCAUUAAGCCCUUCUUGUCGUCAAGGGAUAAGCGUAUUAUCUCCAUCAUUAUUCCUCUUCAGGUUUUAGCCAAUAUUGGAUCCUUCUUUGUCAGUGAGACCGCGAUUGGAUCUAUGAACUGGUCAUUCUGGAGAGAUAUGGUUCCCAUUGCUGACCUUGCUGCAUGCGGCGUUAUGCUAUGGACUAUAUUGCAAACCCGUAAGCACUUGAACCAAGGCUCAGAAGCGGAUGGAAAAGAACUUGAUGUGUUGAUGAAGUAUAAGCUUUGGUCUACGUUUUAUAUUGUUACAUUGGUCUACCUGUAUGUGACCCGAAUCCUGGUUGGAUUCUUGCAAGUUGCUCUUCCCUAUCGCUAUAUCAACUGGCUAGGAGAAGCUGUGAGCGAGAUUGCAACAUUGCUCUUCUAUAUUUUCAUUGGCUACAAAUUUCGACCCUAUAGUGACAACCCAUACAUGCAAGUUCCAACCGAUGAUGAGGAGGAGGAUGAAGACUAUGAGCAGGACCUUCCUACUUCUCGUGAAGCUCAUGGGUUGCAACAAAUUUCUCGUAGGGAACCUAGUGGACAAGAAGUUUAAAGCUGCUGGUUGGAAAACCUGUUCUGGCGUACUUCUAACAAGAGUGUUUCUGGUAUUCAUAUCACAUGUAUAUUUUAUUUUUUUUCUACACUCUCAUGUACCUUUUCAUACUUUACACCCAUUCAUUCGCUUUCAUUUUACAUAACCCACUUUGCUACUAUCUAGUCUUCUAUAUCAGACUGUGCAAUGUCCGAUUUCAAGGAUGUCACCUUCAAUCUAGAAAUACUUUUCUCCAAUGUUUCAUCGAGAUUGUGGUUUUUGUAUUAUUAGUUCUUAUUACAUUUCCGACGCUUGGCACCAGCGAGUCGGCAUAGGCACACAAAUUUGUCUCGUAAACU